AUGGAUUCGGCAACCGUUAAGAAUGAAGUACUGGAAACUCCAGACCAAGAUUUAAAACAUGGGCUGGAAGAAAUGAAAGAGGAGCAAAAUAGUCUCUCUACUACAUCUAAUAAUAAAAGGCAGGUGAUCGUUCCCGCGUGUACGCCAAAGGUCCACUAUACACCACUAAAGACUGGUCUUUGUUACGAUGUUAGAAUGAGAUAUCAUGCAAAGAUUUUCACCUCGUACUUCGAGUACAUCGACCCUCAUCCGGAAGACCCAAGAAGAAUAUACCGUAUAUAUAAAAUACUGGCAGAGAAUGGCCUGAUUAAUGAUCCAACUCUGAGCGGUGUUGAUGACCUUGGUGACUUAAUGUUAAAGAUACCUGUCAGAGCCGCAACGUCCGAAGAAAUCCUGCAGGUUCAUACAAAGGAACAUUUGGAGUUCAUCGAAAGCACGGAGAAAAUGAGCCGAGAGCAGCUGUUAAAAGAAACUGAAAAAGGAGACUCCGUAUACUUCAAUAAUGAUUCCUAUGCAAGCGCCAGAUUACCUUGUGGUGGUGCAAUUGAGGCAUGUAAGGCAGUCGUUGAGGGACGUGUAAAGAAUUCUUUAGCCGUGGUAAGGCCACCUGGCCAUCACGCUGAGCCUCAAGCUGCAGGCGGUUUUUGCCUUUUCAGUAACGUUGCCGUUGCAGCAAAGAACAUCUUGAAGAAUUAUCCUGAAAGUGUAAGAAGAAUAAUGAUUUUAGACUGGGACAUUCAUCACGGUAAUGGUACCCAAAAAUCAUUCUAUCAAGAUGACCAGGUGCUGUACAUCUCAUUACACAGAUUCGAAAUUGGUAAGUACUAUCCUGGAACCAUUCAAGGUCAGUAUGAUCAAACUGGUGAGGGUAAAGGUGAAGGAUUUAAUUGUAACAUUACUUGGCCUGUCGGCGGUGUUGGUGACGCUGAAUACAUGUGGGCAUUCGAGCAAGUAGUAAUGCCAAUGGGGAGAGAAUUUAAACCAGACCUGGUAAUCAUAUCGUCUGGAUUUGAUGCUGCAGAUGGUGAUACUAUCGGACAAUGCCACGUCACCCCAAGCUGUUAUGGUCACAUGACACACAUGUUAAAGUCUCUAGCCAGAGGUAAUCUCUGUGUAGUUCUUGAAGGUGGUUAUAAUUUGGAUGCAAUCGCGAUAAGCGCUUUAAGUGUUGCAAAAGUGUUAAUAGGAGAGCCUCCUGAUGAAUUACCUGAUCCUGUAAGCGAUCCUAAGCCUGAAGUCAUUGAAAUGAUAGAUAAAGUCAUUCGUUUACAGUCCAAAUAUUGGAAUUGUUUUAGAAGGAGACAUGCAAACUCUGGUUGUAAUUUUAAUGAACCCAUUAAUGACUCAAUAAUAUCAAAGAAUUUUCCUUUACAAAAGGCCAUUCGUCAACAGCAGCUGCAUUAUUUAAGUGACGAAUUCAAUUUCGUUACCUUGCCUCUAAUAAACAUGGAACUACCAGACAACAUCGUGUUAUGUACUCCGAAUGUUUCCGAAUCAAGUACUUUGCUAGUUGUCGUUCAUGAUACUUCCGAUGUUUGGGCCAAGAGAAACGUUAUAUCUGGUACAAUUGACCUGUCCUCGUCAGUUGUCAUCGAUAAUUGUUUAGACUUCAUCAAAUGGGGCUUGGAUAGGAAAUACGGCAUCAUUGACGUAAAUAUACCCCUAACUUUGUUCGAAGCUGACAAUUAUUCAGGAAUGAUUACUUCUCAAGAGGUAUUAAUAUACUUAUGGGAUAACUACAUCAAGUACUUUCCAGCCAUUGCUAAAAUUGCAUAUAUUGGGAUAGGGGAUUCUUACUCAGGUAUUGUACAUCUCCUGGGCCACAGAGAUACCAGAGCUGUGACCAAAACGGUAAUCAAUUUUCUGGAAGACAAGCAACUAAAACCGCUGGUUCCUUUGGUCGAUGAAACAUUAAGUGAAUGGUACUUUAAAAAUUCUCUAGUAUUUACCAACAACAGUCAUCAAUGUUGGAAAGAAAAUGAAAGUAGAAAACCAAGAAAGAAAUUUGGCAGAGUUUUAAGGUGUGAUACGGACGGACUAAGCAAUACUGUUGAAGAGAGGUUUGAAGAGGCAACGGAUUUCAUACUAGAUUCGUUUGAAGAGUGGAGUGAUGAGGAAUGA